AUGACCCGAAAGAAGAUCUUUUUGGUUGGAUCACCUCUUUCUAGUACUCUGAAGUGGGACAAGGAAGAACUUCUCAAUAAUCCCAUAUAUCCCUUCGAGGAAACCUACCCACAGCGUCGGAUAAGUGUGGAAGAGUCUGCCCGGGCCAAAUGGAGAGCGCUACCAUCAACACACGAAAUCGAUCACAAUAUUUCCUACCAGGGGCAUGUGGACCCGGAAUUUCUCGUCUCAGAUCAGCUGGAGGUUGCACCAGAUGCAUCGCGGCAUCUACAAGACUCGGUUCUCUCGAAAUUCUACCACCAUUCCUUUCUUGUCCACGAAACCUCCGAGGUAUCUGCUUCGGAGUUAGAGAUAGCAGACUCCACGCAGGAGAGCAGUUUGGGGGAGGAUAGUGUGAUUACAUCUACGUAUGACAAAGACGCCCCGAGGUCACCUCGCAUACUUCAUAUCCCUGGACCCCUCCGCGAUCUGCAGGACCUGCCUACGGCCAAGUACAUCCAAUCCAUUGCACCGCAAACCAUGACUGUGAACCUGAUCGUGGCGGUCCUGGCCGCUCAUCCCUCACGCCGCGUGGUUACGCGGCAAUGGAAAACCGAAUUGGACAUUGUUGAGCUCGUCGUUGCCGAUGAGACGAAGACAGGAUUUGGGGUCAACUUUUGGAUCAAACCUGAGAAUCCAUCUGUCAACGACAGUGAAACAGGGCUGGCUCGAUCACUGGCAGGCCUUCGACCCUGCGAUAUUGUCCUACUGCGUAAUGUUGGACUGAGCACAUUCCAAAGCCAGGUGUACGGACAGAGUCUGCGCAGAGGAAUGACUACAGUUGAGCUCUUACACCGACAAGCAGUUGAUGUGACGGAUGCAGUAGGAUUCUAUGAGAGCAUUCAGAGUAACGUCCAGGAUGCUCCACUACAAAAGACUCGCAAAGUACGAGAGUGGUUGCUCCGAUUCGUUACGGAUGCGGCAGGCGGUGGCUCCGGAAUGCUUGAAACACGUGGUCGACUGCCUCCGGAUACGCAGUAA